AUGGACACUGUGUAUCAGCCUAUUAUAAAGAUGGAAGAGAACUAUGUCCUGUGCUCUGACCCAGAAUCCACUUACUUGUCUGCAUCUUGGGACUGGAAACAAAAUACUGAGAACUACUCUCUCAGCCAGACUCCAUCUCCUCAGAGUUUGUCGCCAGCUGCCUCCUAUGAGUCUCCAUUUUCUGGCUGCUCACAUCCAUCCAGCCUGGAGGAGAUGCCUUAUGGUGAGGACAUGGUGGCCUACAGGUUGCUCCAGUACCCUACUGACUUCCAGCAUGAAAUGGAAAGCAGCAAAGGAGGGCCCAGCAAACGUGUCCAGCAUAGUCUCAAAGCUGUUAUGAACUCCCAACGUAGGAGAAAGGCCAGUGAGAGGGAGAAGAUGAGAAUGAGGGCCAUAGCAGAGGCCCUUCACACCCUGAGGACAAAUUUGCCACCAGUCUACAGUCAGGGCAGGCAACCCCUCACCAAGAUCCAGACGUUAAAGUGCACCAUUUCUUACAUUGAGGAACUUACCACCCUUCUCAACAACCCCAAGGGGACAUAG